UCUUUGGUUUGGUCUGUGUGCCCUCAAGCCUCUGUUAUAUUUGACUCCGAGAUUUAUAAGCAUUGUAAACCACGGCCCUCUAUAAUACUCUUACACACAUAGAAUCUCACUUUUUUGUUUUCUGGACUUCUUUGACGAAAAUAGGAACUCUUAGAAAUGGCGAUGAAAAGCUUCAGCGUUUUCUUCUUCGUUCUACUCCUCCUUGCUUCUCCUAUUCUCCAAGUUGCUAGGUGUCAAUCUGAAGCGGAGGCAGAUGUUGCAGAAGCUGUUGAAGAAGGUGAACUUGGGAUUGUUGGUGAGGAAGCUCAGGAUUUUGGUUCUGGGAAUUUUGACUCGGCUCCAGGAGUUGAAACUCUCUGUCUUUUCCCUAAAAACAGUGCCAAAUUUAUAUCAGCCGGAGAAGAGACUGAACUCCUUGUUGGGGUGGAAAAUGUUGGUGAGUCACCUAUGAAUGUCAUUGCAAUCACAGCCAGUGUUCAUCUUCCUUUUGAUCAUCGUAUGCUUGUUCAAAAUCUAUCAGCACAGGCCUUUAGCAAUGCAUCCGUACCCCCUUCAAAGCAAGCUACUUUCCCUUACAUAUUUGCGGUUAGCAAGUACUUGCAGCCUGGAACUUUUGAUCUUGUGGGCAACAUUUUCUAUGAGAUUGACCAGCACCCAUACCAAAGUACAUUCUAUAAUGGUACCAUUGAAGUUGUUGAAGCUGGUGCCUUCCUCAGUGUCGAGUCUGUUUUCCUUGUUACCCUCGGGAUUGCACUGCUGGUUCUCUUCGGUUUAUGGCUUCAAGGUCAAUUUCAGCGUAUCUCCAAGAAAACUAAGAGAGCUCCAAAGGUGGAAGUCGGAACCAGGACUACUGAUACCUCAUUGGACGAGUGGCUUCAGGGAACUGCUUACACUCAGUCAGCUUCCAAAUCGAAGAAAAAGAAGUAGAUGGGGCAGUGCUUGCAGGCUAAUUGUAAACUCAUUUCUUGGCAUUUUGGAAAGUUUUAAGUGAGGGCACAAAUGGUUUGAGAAUUAGGCCAGGGAAAAUGGCAUACCUUUGCUGUUGUAGUAUGUGAAAGAAUUUUUUUUUAAAAAAACCUUCAGAUUUAAUUUUCACGAGUAUUCCGAAAUUGAGCCUUUUUGAAGCAAAA